UAUGAAAUUAAAUUAAAUACACAAAAAGGCAAAACUAAUCAACGUUAACGAAGACUGUCCGCACGGUACGCACAAGACUCGAUUUUUUUUUUCCAGAUCUCUCUGUUUGUUCUCGAUUCCAACACGACACCCAUUUCUUCUUCCCCGACUCCCUCAUGUUCUUCAAGUGAAAUGAACUUCUGUGGCAAUCGAACUCUUCUUCUCAAGUUGAAUACUGUAAAAGAGUUCAGGAAACUCAUCCUAUAAUGAAUUCUGAAAGUCCUUGAUUUGGAUCUCAAAAAUAGCUACUAUGAUUGGGAGGAAGAACACUGGACAGGCUUCCCCACUAUUUCUGGUCCUCCUGGCUCUUACCUUCUGCUUUGUAACUUAUAAUUUGGUGACGGCUAUUAUUCAGUAUGGAUCUGUGGGAAGGGAAGUUGGACAUGACUCAUAUAAUCAUUUAUCUACUGAUCCCAUCAUUGAAAUGCCGGAGAAGGUGAAAAGAAAGAAGACAAAGUCACCUUUCCAUGUUGCUUUGACAGCGACUGACGCUCCUUACAGCAAAUGGCAGUGUCGAAUUAUGUAUUACUGGUACAAGAAGAUAAAAAAUUUGCCUCAAUCUGAGAUGGGAGGGUUCACUCGUAUUUUACAUUCGGGAAAACCAGAUAACUUAAUGGAUGAGAUUCCUACUAUGGUGGUGGAUCCUCUUCCUGCUGGUAUGGACCGGGGCUACAUUGUCUUGAACAGACCGUGGGCAUUUGUGCAGUGGCUGGAAAAGGCAACAAUAGAGGAAGAAUAUAUACUAAUGGCAGAACCAGAUCAUAUAUUUGUUAAUCCGCUUCCUAAUUUAUCUGAUGGAGGUUAUCCAGCUGCCUUUCCAUUUUUCUACAUCAAACCAGAUCAAAAUCAAAAAAUUCUGAGAAAGUUUUUCCCCGAGGAAUAUGGCCCCGUAAAUAAUAUUGAUCCAAUUGGCAACUCCCCUGUAAUUAUUAGGAAGGAUUUGAUUGAAAAAAUUGCUCCUACCUGGAUGAAUAUUUCAUUGAAGAUGAAAGAGGAUCCAGAGGCAGAUAAAGUUUUUGGAUGGGUGCUAGAAAUGUAUGCUUAUGCAGUUGCUUCUGCUUUGCACGGUGUGCAACAUGUUCUUCGGAAAGAUUUUAUGUUGCAGCCACCAUGGGACUUGGCCAUUGGUAGAAAGUUCAUUAUACAUUAUACUUAUGGAUGUGACUACAACUUAAAGGGGGAAUUGACAUAUGGUAAGAUUGGUGAGUGGCGAUUUGACAAGAGGUCACAUUUACGUGGACCUCCCCCGAAAAACAUACCUUUACCCCCUCCGGGAGUUCCUGAAAGCGUGGUAACCUUGGUGAAGAUGGUGAAUGAAGCAACUGCAAAUCUUCCAAAUUGGGAGGCAACAUAGUUAGUUUAUAGAAUAAAUGAUGUCAUAUUUGAUGUGUUUGAAAAGUCCUGUUCUCUAUUAAUAUCACACCUCACAAAUUUCAGUAUACACAAACCCUAGCUUGGUUUUGAACCUCUCUCUCUCUUUCUUUCUUUCUUUCUUUCUUUCUUUUUUUAAUUUUAAUUUUUGGGACUUUAGAGAGGGGGAAUAGUAAAAAGAAAAGGCUUUGGGAGUAAUUUUAGAGUUGCUUGAGCAUGAUUUUGUUAUACAAACCAAUUUUGAAUCA